AUGUUCAAGAAAUUCACGAAAGAAGAUGUUCAUUCUCGCUCUAAUAUUAAAUCGUCUGCUCAAAGAGGAUUAAAGACUAAAUUUGUUGCGCAAUUCAAUGAUUUAGAACCAGUGAUCGACAAUAUCAUACCGAAGAAAUCUCAAGCAAUUCUUAUUAAAUGUGAAGAUAAGAUCCAAUUAUACUCUAUUGACAACGAGGUUGUGUUGUUUCAACACUUUGAUGACUUGAUUCCAGAUUUGAAAGUGGUCCAUAAAUACCCACAAUGUUUCCCAAGAGUUCAAGUUGACCGUGGUGCUAUCAAAUUCGUUUUGUCAGGUGCCAAUAUUAUGUGUCCUGGUUUAACAUCCGCUGGUGCUAAAUUACCUGAAGAGUCAUUGCCUGAAGAUACGAUUGUCACUAUAUAUGCUGAAGGUAAGGAAAACGCCUUAGCUGUUGGUAAAUUAAUAAUGAGCACUGAUGAUAUCAAGUCUAAAAAUAAGGGAAUUGGUAUCGAAUUAGUACAUUACUUGGGCGAUGGUUUAUGGGGAUUGAAAGAAUGA